UAAUUAUAAGAAGGCUGCACCAAAAUAAAGACAGAUUUGGCAGCAGGAUAUAUAAGGCCAGCUGAGCUGAGGGGGCGGGAUUCGAAUUGCCUUCGCUCUGCGUCCGGGCCUCGCUCCUCGAGUAGCAGCAACCGCCAGCAUGUGUUCCACGGCUCGGCCGGGGCCUGUCCUACUGGGACUUCGGGAUGUAGCGAUCGAGGCAGGGAGCCGCUGUUCCUGGGAGACCAGCAAAGUGGGCGGGAGACCGGACUGUGUCCCUGGCAUUACCAUGCAGUAUCCUCACUGUCCACGCUGCAGUGAUCCCCUUAUUCAGGUUGUCCAGGUGUAUUGUCCCCUGGAGGGCUCGGCCUACCACCGGACCAUCAAUGUGUUGGCUUGUCUCCGACCGGAGUGCUGUGGGCGCUCAGACAGCUGGAAGGUGCUGCGCUCCGAAUGCCUAGGGACCCCUCCCAAUCAGGAAACUACAGCAAAGAAGAUGGUCCCGGUUCCUGUGACCGUGAAGGAUUGGUGUCCCGAGGCUGAUGACUGGGGAAUGGAGGAACCCUGGGGGUCCAGCACUGAGGGAGUAGUGCAGACCCCAGCCCCCGACUCCGAACGAGAGGUGAUGGAGCAGACAUCCCGACUGGAGGCCCUCCUGCUGGAGGGAGCGGAGGGCCAGGGGCUGGUCUCUCAAAGCACAGUGCCAGAAUUCCAGCCGUUCUAUAUCAGCGUGAUGGAGGAGGAAGAUUCCCAUUCCCAAAGCAGCUUCAAGCACGAGGAGGAGCUUCUAGCAGAGUACCAGAGGAGGGAGGGUGUGUGUGUGGAGCAGCUGCCUCUCUCCAGCUGUGACGGUGAAGGAGCUCCAGAAACAUAUGAGAAGAGUCAAGUUCAACACGGAGACAGAAUGUUCAACAAAUUCAUGAAACGCAUUUCCAGCUGCCCUCAACAGAUUUUAAGGUAUUGCUGGAAUGGGAGCCCAUUACUGCUGUCCCCACUGAGAAUGGAGUCAGCAGCCUCUGUGUGUGAGCUCUGUACCAGUCCCAGGGUGUUUGAGUUCCAGCUGAUGCCUGCUCUGGUUAACAUGCUGAAAGGUUCCAGCAGCCAAGAGCAGAGUGUGGAGUUUGGGACGGUGUUAAUCUACACGUGUCAGAGGAGUUGCUGGAGUCCCACUAACCAGACACCCGUCGAGGAAAGUGCUUUUGUGCAGGCAGAUCCGGACCAGCACUUCUUCAAUAGACAUUAAUCAUUAGUGAUUUCGUUCAAAAUAAAAGCAGUGUUUGAUCUGAAA